UAAAGAGAGAAAUUGAUCGCGGCGGUUGUUGUGACAGCGAAGCGGCCCAGGUAGGCCCUGAGGCGGCUCGCGCCGGGGGCGGAAAUCGGAGCUGGUCGAGGUGGGGCAGAAGGAGGAAGCGGGGAAACGGCGAUCUCCAAACGGCGGGACGACUGGCUGGUCUCGGGAGGGCCGGGUGAAGAGGCGCCCCGAGGGCUUCUGCACCCGGGAUCCUGCCCGGGGUUGUCUGAACUGACGUGUCUUCUGCCAGGUAGUUCUUUCAGUGUGGAUGCCCCAGUUUAACAUGGUUGGACACAGCGUUAUUUCUGGCAAAUGAAAAUAAUCGGUCCUAUUUGCAUUUCUAUGUUUGGAAUUGAAAAGGAUGAAGAGAGUAGUUGCUAAAAAGCAAAAGCAGAAUUUACCAGUUACUUCUAGUAAACAAACUGAUAUAUCCACCUGGGUAGCAAAUGGCAGCAAAAGUACCCAAGAACAUAAAGACCAUAAAAUAUCUUCUAAUGAAGACCCCACCCAGGAUCCUUUUGAAGAAGCACUGAUCUUCUUGAGAAAAAUUAAAGAUCGUACUACCCUGAAGAAUGAAGCUUUGCAGAAACACUUAUUAAGAGUGGAAAAGAUUGCCCAAGAAAGAGGCUUGACUCCAGAAGAAAUUGAUGCCUUGCUGAGUAUAGCACUCAGCGGCAAGUUUGCUGAAGUGAUAAACAUUCGACUGUUGAAGAGCCUGAUUCCCAUUUCAGCAAUAACAGAGGAUUCAAUUGUUUCAGCUGUUUCAUUACUUUGUGUUGGCAAAUGUUCUCGCAAUACUCAGGUUCUUUUCUUAAAAUGGUUAAUUGCAAUGUAUGAUUUCAUUGAUCAUAAAGAAAAGGUUAAUGCACUCUAUGGGUUCUUCUUCAACUUCUUACAGGAUGAAAAAUUGUGCCCCUUUAUCUGCCAUCUGCUAUAUUUGCUGACCAGAAGACAAAAUGUAAAACCUUUCCGCGUCCGACGACUCUUGGAUCUAAGAACCAAGAUGGGAUCAGAAGCUCCAUUGCAGGCUCUUCUCUUAAUGUAUAAAAGCUUUGCUCCAAGCAUGGUGUCUUCAGAUUUGUUCCAAAGCAAAACGAUGCGAUUUAAGAAUACAGAAAACCUGUGGAAAAAUGCAAUUAAUAACAUAAAGCAACGGAUUUCUGGCCUUUCGCCAACAUCUCAACCAGUUUUAGUAUUUCAGCCCCCAAAGAAAAAAUGGAAUCCACAAUUGAUGAUACCUGCGUAUAACAAGAACUCUACUUACUCGGCUCAGAGUUCAAAGGCCAAACGUAUCAAUUUCAAUAGUCAUCCUGAAUCCUUCCCCGUGCAGCAUCUGCAGAACUUCUCCCAGCUUUUGGAGAACAUGCAAUAUUUAGAACUUCCUUCCCAAAUAGGCUCGGUAUUAGGAAAUCGAGUGUUACUCAACUACAUUAACUGUGUCACGGAUGAUGUCGUUUACCAGAGGAUGUACUAUUGGCUGGGCCAAACAUUCAGAGAAGAAUGCCCUUGGAUUAAGAUUGAAAACCAGAAAUAUGAAUUGGAAUUCAAAGAAUUCUUGGACACAAUUUUGGAAGCGGAAUGCUUCUUGCAGGAGGGCUUCUCAUCUUGUGAAGAAUUUUUGUACCGAAGCCUGCCCUUCUGGGAUGGUUGCGUCUGUCGGUCACAAGUCCUGCAGAUGAUCAGUUGGAUCCCCCUCAGCACCUUCUCAGAAAUGAAAGCUUAUCUCUGCCAGCCGUUGAUGCAGCUGUUUUUCACCUCCUCUCUUUAUUUUAAGUGCAGUGUUCUUGAAAGCCUGAGGGAACUGCUACUAAACUGGCUGAAUUGGCAUUCCUUGAAACCAGACGUGUCAUCUGAGUUAAGUGUAGAUGUCCUGAAUACUUCUGUUUCAAGCCUGGUUAAUUCUAUGGCAGAACUCAUCCAGUUCGUUGGCCGGCUUUCAACCAUUGCCCUGCACUUGGAGAACAACUCUGCUUUUUUAAUGCACUUCAUUCUGGAUUUCUAUGAAAUAGUAUGUGAUAUGUUUCAGACGUACCAGGUCCCGUUGCUUAUGAUCCCUCCUGCAGGAGUUUUCUACCCAGCACUGCUUAGCUUGGAUUCUGUCUCAGUGGAUCAGCUGUGCUACAUCAUGUUCAGGUAUCGAACUAAUUUGGUAGCUGCUAAACAAUAUCUACAAGCUACAAAGCCAUCACUGAGGAUCAAGUUUAGCAACGAGAUUUGCCAAGAAUACAACCAAUAUAUAACAAGCAUGGUCGGAUGCCUGUGGACCUCAAACGUUUUCCAGAGAGACCUCCACCCUCAGGGGAUUUAUAUGGAGCCCGAAGUGCUGGAGAAGACCUUGGUGCGGGAAUCCAGGAAGGCCUUGAACAUAGUGUACCAUCCUGCCUUUACAGGUUACGCUAUGCUCUUUGUGCAGCAGGAACAAUCAGAACACAAAAUCCCAGAUAUCAGGCUAAUUCAGGGGAGGAGGUGGGACUGGUACUUGGAAUAUCUAUACGCCCAAGAGUUACAAGGUUUGAAAGUCUUCAUUGAAAGCAGCAUCAAGCGUGCGGCUCGACCUCCUCAAACAAAACCAGACAACUAAUCGGGUAUUGAAGAUUGACUCUUGUGAAUGGAUUUCUUCUCACCUUCUCCUGUCAAAGCUAAACUUGGAUUCUAAUGGACUCCUGUUUCUGAAGUGCCUCAGUACUGAUAGCUGUACAGAUAGCUCUUGGUGACAAUAGUAGCACACACAAAGAUAUUUGCCCAGCUGAUAUUUGUGACAUUAAAUCUUUCAUCUUUGUGUCUGGAGACUACAAACUUAACUCUCGUGAAAGAAAUAGAGCGUGCCUAAUUCCUGUUGCUAACUUUUUGCUUCGUUUUGGACUUGAGCAACCCGAUUCAUUAUUGCAAACAUUCAGGAUUUUCCAGCGUUUGACCACUUUUGGACAGAAAUUGUGACCAUUCUUUGGACAGCUAAAUUAUCAUCUUUCAUUGAUAAUCCCAAAGCCCACACAACAGUCUUAGACUUGUAGAUAACUGUAAAUAAUUGUAUAGAACUUAUUUAUGCAUAAAAUGCUCUGUAAUAUAAAAUAAACAUUGUUUGGCUUUGGUUUGUACAGUGAAACCUCAAUUUUAUGAAUUUCGGUUUUCUGAAUACUGCACAUGGUGGAUGAAAUUCUGUUGUAAUUUGUGGAAUGACAUCAUUUGUACGAAGACGUUCUGAAAAAAAUAUAAAUCAGUUUCUUGGUCUGCUGUACUCAUAUUCUUAACCAAGGUCUUUGUUUUUUGUUUAUUUCCUUUUAAACCAGCUAAUGCCACAAAGUCUUCAAUUUCCUCAUUAAGUGUUCAAUAGUAUUUCGAGGCUUUGUAAAAUCAAAUCUACAUCAUCAGCAAAGGUCCUCAAUUUGUAAGCCUCUUUUUAAAUUUUCAAACCAAUAAUUUUCUCACCGUCUAGUGUCUCUAGAACUAAAAUAAAAAGUAAAGGAGAGAGAGGAUAUCCUUGUUUUGUUGUCUUCUGUACAUUACGUGGUUUAAUGAAACAAAUUAUGUUAACAAUACCAUUAAUAAUAAUAUGCACAUUCUAGGGCAGGGGUCCCCAACCACUCGGACGCAAUCUACUACCGGGCUUUGAGCCGUUUGUAACUGGGAUGCAGAAGUGGUGGGCGAGGAUGUGCACACACCUCCCCACUUGCCUGCUACUCACACUGAUCCAUCCAUUUCCCCCUCCCCAAUCCACAAAGCCAGGAAGGUGGAAAAACUCUGUUCUAGGGUAUGUAUAUUAAUUUAAUCCUUUGAAUAAAAUUCUCUCCCAAAUCCAUGUAUUCCAAAACUGUAAA